AUGACUGGAGGAGAUUCCCGCACACAAGAUCUCAAUGUCUACUAUAAUGCAGGCGACAUUGCGUGGAUGAUCACGUCCACGGCAUUGGUGCUUCUCAUGAUUCCGGGUGUUGGUUUUUUCUACUCCGGCCUAGCACGCCGCAAGUCAGCCUUGUCACUCAUUUGGCUCUCCCUCGCAGCCACCGGGCUCACAUGUUUCCAAUGGUUCUUCUGGGGCUACACCCUCACCUUCUCGCACACCGCCGGCAAGUUCAUCGGUGACAUGGAAAACUUUGGUUUCCGCGGCGUCCUUGGUGCUCCAUCUGUCGGAUCAACCAAAAUCCCCGACCUCAUGUUCGCAGUCUACCAAGGAAUGUUCGCUGCUAUCACCGUCGCUCUUGCGAUUGGUGCUGCUGCUGAACGUGGCCGCAUGUUGCCUGCCAUGGUUUUCUCCUUUGUGUGGUCCACAGUCGUGUAUGACCCGAUUGCCUGCUGGACAUGGAACGGAUCUGGCUGGGUGUUCAAGAUGGGUGGUCUGGAUUUUGCUGGCGGUACACCCGUCCACAUCUCGUCCGGCGCUGCUGCUCUGGCGUACUCCCUCAUGCUGGGAAAGCGUCGCGGCCACGGUACCCACGAGUUGAACUACCGUCCUCACAAUGUCACUCACAUUGUGAUUGGAACUGUCUUCCUCUGGGUUGGUUGGUUCGGUUUCAAUGCCGGUAGCGCUCUGGCUGCUAACCUGCGCGCUGUCAUGGCCACCGUCGUCACGAACUUGGCCGCCUGCGUGGGCGGUAUCACCUGGUGUGUCCUUGACUACCGCCUGGAGCGCAAAUGGUCUACUGUGGGCUUCUGCAGUGGUAUUCUUGCGGGUUUGGUUGCCAUCACUCCGGGCAGUGGUUUCGUUCCCGCCUGGGCCGCUGUCAUCUUUGGCGUUGUCGGCGCUAUUGCCUGCAACUAUGGGACCAAGCUGAAGUUCCUUCUUCACAUUGACGACUCUCUCGACAUCUUCGCCAUCCACGGCAUUGGCGGCUUGGUUGGAGACCUUUUGACCGGUCUCUUUGCCGCAGACUACAUUGCUCACCUCGAUGGCUUCACCGAAAUCGACGGAGGUUGGAUCAACCAGCACUACAUCCAGCUCGCGUACCAACUCUGCGACGGCGUCGUUGGCAUGGCCUACUCCUUCGUCCUUAGCAUGGUAAUUCUGUUCGUCAUCAACCUUAUCCCCGGCCUGAAGCUCCGUGCCACCGAGCAAGAGGAAAUCAUGGGUAUGGACGAAACCGAGAUCGGCGAGUUUGCCUACGAUUAUGUUGAGCUGAGCAGAGACGUGGUCAACGGCGUCCCUGACUCUACUUCGACGCCUCACCAAGCGGGUCUUACCACCAACGGAGAUCUUGGGGAGAAGCCCGCGGAUCCAAUCGCACCGGCUGCUCCUGCUGCUUAG